UUUGAUUGCUGCAUUGCACGUGGAAAAACUACAUAUUCUAUAGUUUUUUUUAUUCCAAUUAUGGGCAGGAAAAGAGAUCCAACACAAGUCGUUAAGUCGGGUCCUGGUAAAAAGGCAAAAAAACAACAACCACCAACAUUUCCGGGAUUAUUGACCGAAGAUAAAACAGAAACAAAGAAACUUAGCAGCAGGCAAAAGAAAAGGUUGAAGAACCGUGAAGAGAAGAGGCAAAAGUUCCUCUCAAUGAAGAAAGAGAAAGAAGAAAGUUAUCAAAAACUAAAGGCUAUGAAAAAAAGUAAGCAGUUAGAGGAAAGCAAAGAAAACACAGGUAACAACAACAACAGGAAGAGGAAGAUCUCAAAGCAAGAAUCAUCAGAAGAGGAGGAUGAUGAAGAUGAUGAAGGUGAUGCAGAGCUUGAAGAUGAAAGUGAAGAAGAUGGGAUAAAUGAAGAAGCAGAAUCAUCUGAUGAAGAAGAAGUUGAGUCAUCUGAUGAAAAUCCCCAAGGAUACACUGAUGAUAAUAAACUAUGGCUCAAACCUUCUAAAAGGAAAAUGGAUGAGGAUGUCAGCGAAUCUGAAGAAGAGGAUGAAAAUGACAGUGAUGAUGAUGGUGAUGAUGAUAACAUGGAUGAUGAUGAAUUUGAUAGUGAUGAAGAUGAGGAAGAUGAAGACGAGAAUGAAGAUAUGUUACCUAUAGAAAAAGCAGCAAAGAAGUUGAAUAAGAAACAAGAAAAAGACAGGAAACUUGCAGAGGCAGAACUUCAGACCAACAUCUCAGAAAUGGAGAAAUACACCCUACCAAGUGGACAAGAAAUUGAAAAAGAAAGCCAACAACCACCAGAUUUACAGCUGAUACUGCAGAGAAUCAAAGAAGUUCAACAUGUACUGGGGGACUUCAAAGGUCGGAGAGAACCAGACAGAACCAGACAGGACUACUUGGAUCAGCUCAUUAAAGACCUGUGUGCUUACUACAGUUAUAAUGAGUUCCUUAUGGAAAAACUGGUACAACUUUUCCCUCAUGAGAUAUCAGAAUUUCUGGAAGCUAAUGAAGUACAAAGACCUGUCACUAUUCGCACAAACACACUAAAAACAAGGAGGAGAGACUUAGCUCAGGCUCUGAUCAACAGAGGGGUGAACUUAGAUCCCAUAGGAAAAUGGUCUAAAGUUGGACUUGUUGUUUAUGACUCCCAAGUGCCUCUUGGUGCCACACCUGAAUACUUGGCGGGUCACUACAUCAUACAAGGAGGAUCUAGCUUCCUACCCGUCAUGGCUCUGGCCCCCCAGGAAAACGAACGCAUCCUGGACAUGUCAUCAGCUCCGGGGGGAAAAACAACUCAUAUAGCUUCACUGAUGAAAAACACAGGAGUUAUUUUUGCCAAUGAUGCCAAUAAGGACAGGGCAAAGGCCAUAGUUGGGAAUGUACACAGGAUGGGGAUCACCAAUACUGUCAUCUGUAAUUAUGAUGGAAGGAAGUUUCCCUCAGUCAUGCAUGGGUUCGAUAGAGUUCUGUUAGACGCCCCUUGUAGUGGGACAGGGGUCAUUGCCAAGGAUACAGAGGUCAAAAUGAACAAGGAUGAGAAGGACAUCCAGAGGUGCUCCCAUCUCCAGAGAGAGCUGUUAUUGGCGGCCAUUGACUGCUGUGAUGCCAAGUCAAGCACUGGUGGUUAUAUUGUGUAUUCCACAUGUUCUAUUCUUGUUGAUGAAAAUGAAUCUGUGAUUGAAUAUGCACUCAACAAGAGAAAUGUAAAGUUGGUACCAACAGGGCUAGACUUUGGAAAAGAAGGAUAUGUAAACUUUGAAAGACAUCGAUUUCAUCCCAACAUGAAGCUGACGAGAAGAUUUUACCCACACACACAUAACUUGGAUGGCUUCUUUGUGGCUAAACUGAAGAAGUUUUCAAACAAAAUCCCAGGUGCUGAGGAAAAAACCCGAGUGGCUACAGAGAUGGCAGACUCUGUAAAUGUAGCGGAGGAUGUUAAGAAAGAAGUCGCUGUGAAGGGAGAAAACCAGAGUGAAGAGGAACCAGUUAAAGACAAUAAGGACACUGCACCAGUCAAGAAAGACAACAAGAAAAAGGGAAGCAGUAAAUGGAAUAAAAAAGACACAGCUAAAAAGACAUUCAAACCUGGAAAAUUUAAGAAGUUCAAAAACAAUGAUGGAAAGUCAAAGCAGAAAAAGAAACCAAAGUCAAAGAAUUGAAUUUUAUUCUGAAAUUAAGCAGUACAGUAAUGACUUUUGAGGAAAGGUGCAAUGUUAAUACAUGUAUAAAUGAAAGUGUAUAUUUCUGUUAUACAAACACUGCAUACAAGAUGUGUCAAUAUCCAAUAUAUUUAGAUAUAAACUUGAUACAUCUACCUUCCUCAUAAUUAAAACAAUAUUAUUUGAUUUUUAAAGUUGUUGACUUUUUGGUUUACUUAAUGUAAUACAUUGUAAUGAGAUCAAUCCAUGAUUACUAUAGAAACAAAACAAAGAAAUCAAUUUUCAAAUGCCCAUUUCACCAAGUUUAUUUACAAAUAAAAGGUCUGUGAAACAAAAAAUAUUGAUUUCUGGUACAUGGAGUUCCACAUUUUUUAAAGAUUUUGUAAAAAUUUAAA